AUGGGCGCCGAAAACGCUUUUGGGGGUAUCAGGCCCCCAGGACUCAAAAUCUCUGCCGCCCCAAAAAAAACAUUCACGUACUUUAUCUCACCUCAUACGACCUUGACGUCACGCCCAAUGGAAGAACCACACUCCUAUUCCACUGACGUCACAACGAAGAGAGACAUUUGGGCGUGGGGGAGAACCGGGGGGCAGGCGGGGGGUCCCAGCAAACGCCAGAAGGGGGAGGCCCAAAUUCGAACUCGCAUCCCGAAACCAAACCGGGCCUUUAAGAAAGAAAACCAAAGGCGCCGGGGUUUCUGCUGGUGCUCCUGUGUUUCCCACCCCUUUGCUCGGCCGGGCUGGGAAAUUUUGGAACCUCUCAGCCCUAAGCCUAAAGCGCGGACCAUGAACUCGCACCGGACCCAAAAGCGCAGCGCCCCCAGGACCCCCUUGGGGCCCAGACCCAACGACCCAAGAUGCACCCCCCGGACAUCACCAGGCCGACCAAAAGGCGGUCAAAUAUUUGAAAAAGGAUUGCCGGGGGCCCCCCUGCCCUUUUGGCCAUUCCCGGGCUGCCAGGGCCCCCUUUGGGGCCCCAAAAGACGUGACCAUACCAUCUCACCCCUACCCGCCUCCUCCGUCCUCCCAGAGCGGCUGUUGGCGUGCGUCUGCAACACGAACGAGUGUCUGCACGAAGGCACCACCACCUGCCACACGAAGGCCCAUUGCUACUCCCAGCGGUGGGAUCAGAGGGAUGACUCGCAGCCCGUCGUCAGAGGCUGCAUGACUGCGGGUUCCCUCUUGUGCAUGAACCAGCGCCCGAGAGGUCAUAACGGGUCAUGGCCAUUCCUGAACUGUUGUGAUACGUAUAUGUGUAACAGAGAUGUAUCACCCACGCUUCCGUCGCCCGCCCUGACUCUCGCGCGCCGCCAGGACGUCAAUGCAGAGAGUCCGCCGAAUUCCCUGGAGCGCCUCGGAGUGUCCAGCGUCGAGGAAUUCCGCAAGAAAUACGACCAGACUGGCCCCGAGUGCGACCAGUCCAAGCUCACUAUGCUGUACCUCGGCGUGACUGGGGCCGCCCUCAUCCUCAUGGUCAUCAUCACGGUCGUGGGUUCAUUCAUCCUUCUGAGUUAUAGAAAGAAGUACAUCCGAGCCCCCUGCGAUCCCCCGGAGGCGCCGCGUGUGAAGAGCCAUCAUGUACCGCUGUUCCUUCAGACAAACGCUUAGCCUUUGUACAUUUUAUUUGACUUUCCUUGAAUCAGAUAGCCUGAGCACUCCACUCCUGCUUUCUCUUAGGUGCUGCAGAAAUAAAUAUCUUUUAGAAAAGUUCCUAGUAAUGAUAUUAGCAAGUGAUGAGGAUAUCACUGUUUUUUUUUGUAUCUAAAUCUCUUAUACUGGAUAUCUGAUGAGUACAAAUCUGUGUGGUGUUGAGGAAAACAAAUGUGUAAAACUUUAUUAAAAUGGUAGACAAAUAACAGGGGUUGCCUUUUACUGUGAAUGGCUGCUGAUAUAAACAAAUUAUUUUUU